UAAGAAGAAUUGUGGUCUGCUUAGUGAUUUCCCUUCAUGAUAAGUGGCUACUCAUAUAGUUGUAUUUUCUCAUAGUGCAUCAUUCACUAAUCUCUUCCCACAGUAAAUUAAACCAAAAGAUAGAUGGCCGUCAACACAUCAACGAUAGCUAUUUCAUUGGGAGGACAACCACAGAUGGACAGAAGGCUCCUGAAGGCAGCCACAUCUGGUGAUUCCACAUCAAUGCAGGCCUUGAAUUCACAGGAUCGAAGAGUUCUUCUUGGAACAACUCCCGUGGGGAACACCUGCCUCCACAUAUCAUCCAUUCAUGGUCAUGAGGGAUUCUGCACGGAGGUGGUGACUUUAGAUGAGUCUCUCCUCACAGUGGAAAACUUGGAUGGGGAGACGCCACUUCUUUCUGCAGUUACAAGUGGUCAUGCCCGGGUGGCUUCCAUCUUACUCAGAUGCUACCAAACACGGCAGUUAAGUGAUGCAAUCUUGAAGCAAGACAUUGAUGGUUGCAACGCACUGCACCAUGCCAUCCACAACGGCCACACGGAUCUUGCAAUGGAUUUGAUAGUAACGCAACCUGAUCUUUCGAAACAUGUGAACAUGCGCGGCGAGUCACCCAUGUUCAUCGCGGUAAAAAGAAAUUUUACACAUGUCACCGAGGAACUCCUGAAAAUUCAAGAUUCUAGUCAUGCAGGACAGAAUCAACGCAAUGCUUUGCAUGCAGCAGUUAAAAGCCGGAACCAAUACAUCACCGCAAAAGUUAUGGAGAUGCGGCCUGAAAUGGCUAGAGCAGCUGACACGAACGGGGUCACACCAAUAAGAUUGGCUGUAUAUUUUAACAAUACCGAGAUGCUACGAGUAAUGCUAGAACUUGAUUGGACUUUAGGGUAUGAAGUGAACACACAAGGUAACCCUCUCCUUGUGUCUGCGGCAUAUCGAGGUCUGGUUGAUGUUGCUCGAGAGCUUCUGAAACAUUGUCCAGAUGCUCCUUAUCGCCGAACAAGUGAUUGUGCUACAUGGCUUCAUAGUGCUGUAUCAAAUGAUCAUGCAGAGUUUGUUGAAUUUAUCCUGAGGAUACCACAACUUAGUAAACUCGUUAACAUGCAAGACAGUGGAGGAAAAACUGCUCUACACUAUGCAGUCAAGAAUUGCAACCCAAGAAUAGUUACUUCUUUACUGUCUCACAAGGGUAUAGAUGGAACAAUGCUAGAUAAUAAUGCUGUUUCAGCUGGUCGGGAACUCGAGGAUGACGUGUGGAAGGCCAAAACAUUAAACUGGAACGAAGUAAUCAUGCUUAUGUCAAAAGCCUGUCCACAAGAUGCUCCCCCUCUUCAUAAUAUUCAUGUGAAAGCCAAGCGAGUGUUGACUAAAGCAUCAAGGGAAAAUGCAAAGUCACUGACACAAACAUACACAAGCAGCACUUCUUUGGUGGCGAUCCUCAUUGCGACAAUCACCUUCGCCGCUGCAUUCACCCUGCCUGGAGGAUACACCAAUGAUUCUGGAAGUGAGGGACUUCCCAUCAUGUCUAAGAAGUUUGCAUUUCAGGCAUUCUUGAUUUCUGACGUCAUAGCAAUGUGCUCUUCGUUUACUGUGGCCUUCGUAUGCAUCAUAGCAAGGUGGGAGGAUUAUGAGUUCUUGGUUUAUUACAUAUCCUUUACUAAGAAGCUCAUGUGGUUUGCAUACGUGGCAACAACUACAGCCUUUUCAACUGGUUUAUACACGGUGCUGGCUCCACGUGUCCAUUGGCUAGCCAUUGCAAUUUGUGUCAUGGUAGCUUUGUUGCCCAUUCUCACAAAACUGCUGGGCGAAUGGCCUAUCUUGAGGCUCAGAUUUCGGUUGGGUAAGACUUUUAACUCCGAUCUUCUUGGGAUAGUGUGACCUCAACCAUGUGUCUUAGGAUUCUGAUUUUUCAUAGUGCUUUGUAAUUUAUACGUAAUAAUCAACAUUGUUUGU